UGCGUGUGUGCCUGUCUCCUCCUUUCUGUCAUUCCCCCUCCGUGUCGGAGCUCUCCGUCUUCUCUAACGAACUCUCUGCCUUGCUUCUCCCCGCCCCCCCGGGCUUCUGCUUUGUGGAUGUUCGCGGCUUCUUGUUGUGACAGGAGAAUGUGUGUGUGCCCGGGGCCCAGGCGGAUCGCAAUUCCAGUCCGAAGCUCCAGGCUACCUUUGUUGUCUGAUGCCAUGCCAGCACCAGCUCAUCUGUUUCCAUUGAUCCGUAACUGUGAGAUCAGCAGAAUAUGCAGUACUGUCUGCUACUGCCACCAUAAACAUCUGUGUUGUUUAUCAUCUCAUUUUGCUCAUAGUCACUUCAGGUAUGCACCUCAGAAGAAAUUUGCGGCACUUUAUAGGCCACAGGAGAACUUUUAUCACUUUAUUCAUGCAAGGGAUUAUGCUUCUACGCCACAGAGAUUUUACCUCACUCCUCCACAGGUCAAUAGCAUUCUGAAAGCAAAUGAAUACAGUUUCAAAGUGCCAGAAUUUGAUGGUAAAAAUGUAAGUUCUGUUCUUGGAUUUGAUAGCAACCAGUUGCCUGCUAAUGCUCCGAUAGAAGACCGGAGGAGCGCUGCCACUUGCUUACAGACAAGAGGGAUGCUUCUGGGUGUGUUUGAUGGCCAUGCAGGCUGUGCUUGUGCUCAAGCUGUCAGUGAAAGACUGUUUUACUACAUUGCUGUCUCUUUGUUACCCCAUGAGACUUUACUUGAAAUAGAAAAUGCUGUGGAAAGUGGCAGGGCUCUGUUGCCCAUUUUACAGUGGCACAAGCAUCCCAAUGAUUAUUUUAGCAAAGAAGCUUCCAAGCUUUACUUCAAUAGUCUAAGAACUUACUGGCAGGAGCUGAUUGAUCUCAACAGUGGAGAGACUACUGAUGUGAAAGAAGCUUUAAUUAAUGCUUUUAAAAGGCUUGAUAAUGAUAUUUCUUUGGAAGCUCAAGUAGGAGAUCCAAAUUCUUUUCUCAACUACCUAGUACUGAGAGUAGCAUUUUCUGGUGCAACUGCCUGCGUGGCCCACGUGGAUGGUGUUGACUUGCACAUUGCAAACACAGGUGACAGUAGAGCAAUGCUUGGGGUUCAGGAGGAAGAUGGAUCUUGGUCUGCAGUUAAUCUGUCCUAUGACCACAAUGCACAAAAUGAACAUGAAGUGGAACGUGUGAAAAUGGAGCAUCCAAAGUCUGAAGAGAAAAGUCUUGUGAAACAAGAUCGUCUCUUAGGUCUCCUGAUGCCUUUCAGAGCUUUUGGUGAUGUGAAGUUUAAAUGGAGUAUCGAACUACAGAAGAGAGUAGUAGAAUCGGGCCCAGAUCAGCUGAAUGACAAUGAAUAUACAAAGUUUAUUCCUCCAAACUAUCACACUCCCCCAUACCUCACAGCUGAGCCGGAAGUCAUACAUCACAAAUUACGGCCGCAGGAUAAGUUCCUGGUUUUAGCCACAGAUGGGCUGUGGGAGACGAUGCACAGGCAAGAUGUGGCUAGAAUUGUAGGGGAGUACCUCACUGGUGUUCACCAUCAACAGCCCAUAGCUGUUGGUGGCUAUAAGGUAACUUUGGGACAGAUGCAUGGUCUCCUAACAGAAAGGAGAGCAAGAAUCUCUUCAGUAUUUGAAGAUCAGAAUGCAGCAACUCACCUGAUACGCCAUGCAGUGGGUAACAAUGAGUUUGGCACUGUGGAUCAUGAGCGACUGUCCAAGAUGCUCAGUCUUCCUGAAGAGCUGGCUCGAAUGUAUAGAGAUGACAUUACAAUUAUCGUGGUGCAGUUCAACUCACAUGUUAUAGGUGCAUGUCAAAAUGAGGAACUCUGAAUUUCAUCUAGUGAACUAGUUCUCAAAGUUGUAACAAUGGCCAGUAUGAGCAGCAAAUAAAAAACAACCACCCAACAAUAAAACCCCAAAAAACGCCUCAGCAAACAAUUUGGUUGCUUGCUAGAUUCAGCAUAUCUAUUGUUCCUGCCUUCCCCACAGAGCUCUAAAUACAUGGGAAGUGCUAUUGACCUAAUGCAAACUUGAAGAGGAUGUCACAGCUUGGGAAAAGAGGUUUUUGAAAUAACUUUGCACUAUUAAUUUCAUGAAUGCUGCUAGGACAAUGUCUUAAAUUUGGCAGACUUGGAUGAGGGAGGGAAGAAGGAUAAAGAAUUAACUAUCAAAGAUCUGGCUGUUCAAGAAACAAAGCCUGUGUAUAAAUAUCUGUAAAUGUCUACACAUUAUCUUAAAAGACGAGUAAAAAGAGUAUUGUUGAAUUCUUACAGGGCUAAUUUUUGCGAAGUAGAUAUGAUUAUUUGUGAAUAUAUUGUCUACUGUUUCUUCUAAGCAGAAGGUCACUUUAACCAAGUAAGUCUUCAGUGUAACAAAGUUGUCUCACUUUCAUAUAGACAAUGUCAUUCAUGUAAGGAUAUUUGUCUAAGUGUU